CCCGCUACGGCUGGGGACGGUAGCGCGCUCUUCCUCGCACGACGAAAUAGAUAUCUCUACUGUUAUACUUGAGUCACAGCUGGUAAAAUUUCUACGUAUAAGCGCUCCGGCAAAAUAAUGCUUUUGACGUAAGCCGACAUGGUCGUUUCACAUUUCAACACAGAAAUUACGAUGUAUUCCAAUCAUUUCUGACCUGAUGCUCACAGAAGAUCCCUAAUGACGAGAUUAAAGAACCUGAUGUCUUGAACGACGUACGGAGCUGAGCGACGUCUUCGCGAAAUCCUUCUACAGUAAGCAGGUGCUCGGUGCUAAAUCCUUUUCUCCUCCUGAGGGCUGGCAAUGGAAACCCCUGGCGCCUUCACCCAUGAGUCUCUACCCUCUACACUCAAUUCGACGCUCAUCCAGUACGGCCCUUAUGGCACUAGUGGAACUGAACACACACUCACGCCUCCAGAGGGCCCUCGCAGCAGGGAGGCGCUGCUCCAUUUCACGUUUCCGUCUCAGGAAGAUACUUUAGCUUACGUCGACGCCUUGAAACACUCCGACCUCAGCCAAUGGCGGUCUUUGGAGGAGGUGGCAGCUCGGGCAGGAGGUGGCAGCUGCUCAGGAACUGUCAGCACCUCAAUGCUGACCGCCCUAUACCUGCUUGGGCUCUUCAAUCUGUGCACGACAUCACCCAAUUCCUGCUGCAUCCCACCCGCUGCUUCUAGAAGGAGAAGGAACGUGGUAACUCAGCUACCGCCCCUUCUAGACGCGCUGCAUCAGAACUUGACGACAGUGAGGACCGAGCGCUGGCCGCCCGACCUGCCGCACCUGAGCCCCCCUGAGCACGCGAUGAGAGGGGGCGUCGUGCCUCUACAUCUCGGCGUCGUCGAGCAGGUGCGGCAAUUAUGGAAUUCGAACCCUCGUCUCUUGUCAAACGUUGCGUGUCGCACGGCCACAGAAUCCGUGCGAUCGUCAUUUAUUUCCCUGAGCGGCGUGGCGUCUGGCAUCAUCCUAGCCUACAGCGUGGCGCAGCUCAAGCAAUGCUACCCUGACUUCAGUGCCAACGCUCCCGAUGCCUCGCCCAACAUCUGGUUCUUCCCACUGCCCAAACCCGAGCAAAAGAACGAGUCGAAGUUCCUGGUUCCAUCGCUGCCAUCUGUGAUCCCUGUGCCCGGUGACGACGAACCAAGCGAUGGGUGCGAGCGCAGUGAGGUGAUGCUAGAGGACGGUCGAUGCGCUCCCUUGCUGUCCACUCUGCACUGUCCCUACCAGCACUGGGUGCUGCUUAACAAAGAUACCAGUAAGGGCGAGUGCGUGCCCAGGCUGUGUGGCGACGGCCGCGUUUACGUCGAGAGAGACGAGCUCUGCCACGACGUCAACGAGCACGGCAUCUGUGCGCACUCUCAAAGACUGUACCUUGACGCCUUUGGGAAGGCAGUAUGCGACUGUCCCGAUGGUAUGUACCACGGACCAGGGGGGCGAUGCUACACCCUCUUCGACCCCGCGUACUGCGCGCACGGCACUGUGCUUCAGUUCCACCAGGCAUCCAAGACUUUGAUGUGUGGUCAAGAUCCCUGCGGUCACGUCAACUCCAACCUCUGGCCUGAAGAUCUACCGUUCGCCCCACGAGAAGAUGGCUUCUGUUACCAGUUCAACGAACAAGGUCCGUGUGGAGUUGGUGAACGCUUCGGUUUUAACACGGAGUCGUUGCGAGCUGCAUGCGUGUCGUUGAUCGAAGCGGGGAUUGUAAGACCAAAGAGAUCAUACUUGUAUCAUCACAUGUCCUACCCCUCCAUCUCUAGCCAUCCGUCACAGCAUUAUCAGGUAUCGUAUGUUGUGGUGAACGGUAGCACAUGGGGCCUUGAGGUGAAAGGGAUUGGUCGGGAUCGGAGGCGAUCUCGAGAUGUGAGUGAUGAAGAUGCUGAUGUGAAAAAAGUACCUUUCAUCGAUACUCGAAGAAUACCAAGAAAACUCGAGACUUUGUUGUCAGGUGUAUAUUCUACGGGCGAAAAUAUAGCACACGCCUUGAAUUUAGAUUGCGAUGAAUAUGACGACGAUCUUGAGUACGAUGAUUGCGAGCAGCUCAUGAAUGAGGCUUCUUACGUUGAUGAAAACUCAGAUGGGUUCUUGAACGAUCCCAAAUACGUUAUUGAGGCCCGGGAGUCGCAUUUUACGAAAAAUUGGGAUGAUCCUAUGGUCACUGAAUCAGGGAAAGCCUCAUCCGGGGCAGAAAUUUUAUCGAACGAGGUGACCGUUACGCAAACAAGUGCAGCCCCACUGAGCGAGAAACACAAAAAACGACAGUUGGUUCAAGAAUUGAUGCGUUUUUCUCAAGAAAGUUUGGAAUCGGAUAUUCACACUCCGCUUGUUAAUUUUCCAGCCACUCUCAAUUCUUCAGAAAUGUCUAUAUUAAAUCCAUUGUUGAGUGCAAGUGAGCUCUUUGGACGUCCUUUGAAUAUCAGCUCACCGACAGAGAGCCCUGUCGACUCCACACUACCAACGUUGCCGUCUUCUUACAUCCCUGAUCCAUCGACGGCUGAAAGUAUCAUCAAACGCCACCUGACACCAAGGCUCAGAAUCGUCGACACUCUGAGUCAUCCCAGGAGACUGAAGCAGCCUGAGAGACGCGUGGGUCAUGCCGCUAGCGUCAACUCUGGAAUCUUUAGAGUGACUCCUACGAUUGAGGACAACUCGCGGAAUAGCCUCAGUUAUCAUCUGGAUAAAGUGUUGCCUGAAGUCAACGCUGGUGAAGUGCUCAGAGUUGACCAGAACGCUGGUCAGCUUUUCUCAUCAUCGACCCCAUCGCCUGCUGAAUUAGGAUCAUCUUCCCAGCUAGGAGUCCUCAAAGUAGAUCAAAGUCUGCUGGUAGUACCGGAACACUCUUCGAUUCCGUCUGCUGUGCCGAUUUCUACAACGCAGACCACAACGAUGGAUAGCUUCGCAGAGAAAGCCACAACCCGACGUCGCGGUGACAUCACUGUGGUGACUCACCGCAGUCGUCGAAGAAAGUCAAGGAGAAACAGACGCAGGAAGCAUCCUCCCAGAAGACACAAGCCUAGAAGACGAAGGCAAAAGAUUAAAGUUCCAAGCGCUCGCAAAAACCCAAACCUUCCAAAAAAAGUUCCGGUCUCAAUCGUUUCCAAUUUUAGUUCGAUUACGACCGAUCAAUCAACUGGAACUAUGCCAUCACCUGAAACUACGGAAGACGUCGUUACUCCCACAUCGGCUUUCACUAAAUCAGAAAUUUCUGAAUACUCGAUUUCUGAAUUUACAAUUACUUCUGAAACAAAUUUUCCAUCGUUUUCUUCCAUUUAUGUAGAUACUCCUUUGACUUUGACGACACUUGGCCCUUCGACUGACUCCGAGUCUCCUGUUGAGCAUGUCACAACAGUUCCCAUUGAAUCUCCAAACCUCAAAACAACCUCCAAAAAACCAACUCAAAAGUCCCGGCGAAACAGGUUUGGAAGUCGACAUAAAAAUGCAACAACACAGAGAACAGGAGGUGGACGUCCAUCGCUGUCUCUCACAGAUCUUUGGCGUCAUCGUGAUAGGCGUCAACUCACAGGAGGAGGCGGCAUCAUCCAAGCACCUCUCCUGAGCGCCUGCAAACCUGGGGCGAAGAGAGACUACAAUUACAAGUGCAGGCCUAAGUUUAUCCCGCAGCAGAGAAGCACAGACUCUUCUGACAAGAAAGAAACAGCUGCUGCUCCAGUUCCACCGAGAAUUAAAUGCCCGACAGGCACGCACCUGGAUCCUCGCGGGAAAUGUCAAGCAACUUCCAAUAUUUUAGGCUAAACUUCAUGACGCUCGUGCCUGACACUAAUGAUUUUCAUCACAGUAUCAUCAUGAUCGUUUAGUGUUGAUGUAAAACUUUACAUCAACAUACAUAAAACUACUUUACAUAUACAUAGCGUAGUAAGUAUUCUCUCCUGAGUGGGAAAAUAUUCGUUUCUAGCUCUGAAGCCGCGUCUAUUAUUACAUUACGUCAAUGGUUCUUGUUGCUUUAAUGCUUCAUGACGUUGUAAUAUGAAAGCUUUCCCAAGCUUUCUUGCAGAUUUAAUGAAAGAAAAAAAAUUAUAUUUGUUGACUGAAUUAUGAAGAGAAUAAUUUCGACUGUUAGUUGUGAUUAUUGACUGAUACGUUAAAAAGUUAUUAAUGUUCUUAAUCAGACGUCGAGGAUGAAGUGAAAAAAUUUUUGUUGUGUUAUUCUAAAAUUACGAAUGGUUGUGCUGUAAACUGACUCAUCUACGGCGUGUUCAACGACCGUAGAAAUUAUAUUCAAAACCGUUUUUACUUAUGAAAACGAAUUAAUAUAAGUUUUGUUGGUUGAUUUGAAAAAUUAUUUAUUACUCACUUUGCGGAUAUGGUCAUGCAUUGAGGUUUGAAUUGAACUCCGAGCUAAAGUAAUUCUGUCACCGUAAAUGAGACUCUAUUUUUUAAAAGGAAAACUUACGUGGAGCUAGAAUUCUUGGAGAGGCUAAAUCUCGUUCGAAAAGAUAAGUCUGUUAAAUUUUGAUAUGAUAUGAUAUUUAUAUAUCAACAUGCGAUAUCCAAAUAAUCAUCUACUGCGAUUUUCGAAAUGGUAAUUGAUUGGCUCGAUAAUAUUUUCAUCAGAUUUCACCAUUUGAGAUACAUGUACUAACAAUAAAUAAUAUAUUUGAUGAAAAAAUCUCAAAUAAAAUGCCCUGUAUUUGCCUAAACUAACUUGAUUUUCAAUUUUCAAAUUUAAACUUGCAUCGCAAAAAUCUCAAAAUCUCCUUGUAGAACACAAUAUUAAAUGGAUUUUUCUUGUAAAUAUCAGUUUUUCAUAAACUAAUUUUCUAGUAAUUUUUCGCUUCUUACAGUGUUGUUUUGCAGCAAUUUUUAUUCAGACUAACUUUUUCAUUCACAAAUUUAUAAGUCAACGUCUUCUUAGGAAUUACGUUGGAAAGAUCAUGACAAUCCCUGACGACUCAGAAUGACUGGCACUUCUCAUCUUAUUCCAAACCGACUGAUAGUUGUCUGCAGGCAUGAUAUGUAUUUUUAUUUAGUGAGACAAAAGCGACUGCGUCUGAAAACGAAUGUAAUGGAGGCAUGUUGAUCCAGCUGCACGAAUAAAUAGCCAUUUCAUGAUUGUUAUGAAAUUGUAAAGAGUUUGUAAAUAAAUUUGUUUGAAA